GUGGAAAUACAGCUAAAUGUUUCUGUUCAACUGUUUUUCAUUCAAAACUUUUAUUUUGGAUGUUUCUCUAAUGAAGCUCGUGUUUGCAGAGGAUGUUGAGCUGGGUGGCCAAAGUCGGUCCCCAGCUGCCUGAGCCGCCGCCCCAAAAACUUGAAGUGCAAAAGGACGAGAAACAAGGCGCCGCCACAAAUGCUGCUCCUAAAAAAGUGACGUUCCAAGAUGACUGCAAAACUGAAACUCAAAAAUCAGCUGAUAAAUCUAAGCAGGACGCCCAGCCAGCGGAGGGGAACGGCCCGGCUCCUGGCUCUCAGGCCGGUGUGUUAGGGUGGAUCAGCAGCACUAUUCCGAAGCCUACAGUCUCACCGAAGCUAAAUCGAGCCAACUCCAUCACUAAAGAGGAAAACACAACACCCAGAAAAGGGAUGAUAGCUUGGAUCGCUCAGGGUUUGGAGAAAGUAGUUCCUCAGCCUGACCUGAAGGGCAAAGAGCCGCCACCGGCCGAGCAGCCUGCAGAGGUGCUUCCCCCAGCAGCUGCUCCAGAGCCUGUGAUGCCGCCUCCUGUGAAGGAACCAGAACCAGAGAAACCUGAAAUCAAACCUUACCCACCCAGGAUGAUUGACUGGAUAAAGCAGGGGAUAGAGAAGGUGGUCCCUCAGCCGGAGUUUCCUGUUAGCUCAAACACAGACGCCAAAGAGAAGACUGAGACUCCUGCUUCCACCAAAGUAAAGGCACAAGAUCCGGCUGCAGCUUCAAAACCAGGCACUGACACUGAAAAGUCUUCCAAAGAAGCAGAGCAGCCAAAGAUGAUGGGCUGGAUCGUCAGCGGGAUUGGCCGCAUAUUGCCUCAGCCUGUACAGAGGCAGGACACAGCCGGAGACAAAGUGAAGGACGCAGUCAAAGAUGAGGUGCAGAAAAGGGGGAAAGGCCACGAGCCCCUUUAAAUAAAAGGAGAAGGAGGAGACGGACAGAGUCGCUCACACUGACACUGAACGCUGCCUAAAAUCUGUUAACAGCUGAAGACAGACAGACGGACAGAAACUGAGUCCAGUUCUGAUUUAAAACUCUUCACAAAGCUGCCGUGCAUUAAGUGUUGAUGCACUAAAAACAUUUCCUUAACCAAUGUUACUUAAAAUAUGAUUAAAUCAGAUAUUUUUAAUACAAGAUGUUUACAUAUUGUAACAUGUUUACACCAGAGAGGUAUGAGACAUGAAAGAGAUUAAGUAGUGUUAGUGUUUCCUGUGUUUUAUGAUGAGGUUUCUAAUAAGACACAAUAAAAAUGUCCUUAAAGAAUAACAGAAAAUACAAAAGUCUGUAAAAAUAAGUAAAUCCAUCAAUCUGUGGUCCGAACAGCUUUAAUGGUGAUUUCUAAGAAGCUUUUAGGUGCAAAUCUCCACAGGUUGACUUUUAUUUCAGCAUUUUAAACAGUCAAACUAGUUCUGCAGAGAGAGUUUUAAAAAGUGCAGACGAUGCACCUUAAUGCAACACAAUGCAUACUGCUGUUUGUUCAUGACAAAUAAAGAGAUUCAUUUCUAAA